AUGAGGGUCGGCUCCUCGGUGUUUGCUUGUUGCUGCCUGCUUGUACAAGUGGUGGGACUGGCUCUGUUCCUGCGAGGGUUUUUCCCAGUCCCUGUCCGCUCUCAGUCCAGGAGGAGCAGCGCCUCUGAUGUACCUGCAGAGCCAUCGGCAGCAGGUUUAUCAUCCAACUGGACUCUGCCUCCACAUCCUAUUUUCAAGAGGGUUGUCAUUUUUCUCAUAGAUGGCUUGAGACAGGACUUUAUAUUUUUGAAAAAAAGGGCAAAGAACACAUGUCUUAUAUUACACAACUUAUUCAGAAAGGAACAACACACAGCUUUAUAGCAAGAGCAACUGCGCCAACUGUUACCAUGCCUCGGAUUAAGGCCUUGAUGACUGGCACCAUACCUGGGUUCAUUGAUAUCGUCAUGAACCUCAACUCUCAGGAACUGCAAGAAGACAAUUUGAUAUGGCAGGCAAAGCAGGCAGGGAAAAGAAUAAUAUUUUAUGGUGAUGAUACUUGGAUGAAACUUUUCCCCAAACAGUUUGUGGAGUAUGAUGGAACAACAUCCUUUUUUGUUUCAGAUUUUACUGAGGUUGACAACAAUGUAACCAGACAUUUGGAUGAUGUUUUAAAGAGAAAUGAUUGGGAUAUGUUGAUUCUUCACUAUCUUGGACUAGAUCACAUUGGACAUCUGACUGGACCACACAGUCACUUAAUUGGACCAAAACUUUAUGAAAUGGAUAUUGUCUUGAAAAAAAUUCACUCUGCUCUCUUUUGUUAAACGAUGAAGAUUCCACUCCAAGUUUAAUUGUUGUCUGUGGUGACCAUGGUAUGUCAGAAGUGGGUAGUCAUGGGGGAUCAUCUGAAGAAGAAGUACAGACUCCACUUGUUUUAAUAAGUUCAGCAUUUCAAAACAAAGCUGGUCAAUUUACAGUACCAGAGACAAUCCAGCAGACUGAUCUGGC